AUGACUGAAGAAGCAAUUGUUCAAUUGAUAAAUAAAGGAAAUCCAGAAAUAACAAAAAAGUUAAAUACAUUAUUUUCAUUAGAAUUUAGUUCUAAUGUAUUAAUAGGAGAUUUUCAUACAUGUAACAGUACAAAUGCUGAACAAAUAGCUAAACAAUUAGCAACACUAACACAUUUUAUGUUUGACCCAGUCUCAUUACCAGCGAUAGAUUAUUUUUUAAGAGUUGGAAAUAUUGAAAAUUUAAUUCAAUGUGAAAUAGUUGUUAUUGAACCAAAUACAUUACAAUUACAUUUUAAAACACCAGAUUUAUUAGAAAAAAUUCGUUGCUUAUAUUCAUUAGCAAUUUUUAUUAAGAAAUUGGAUUAUGUUCCUGUUAAAUUUAGUGCCCCAACAUUAUUUACUCCAAGAAUGAAUCAUUUAGGAUAUAUUACAAUUACAAGUGGGUCAGAAAAUAUUACUAGAGAAAAUUCAUAUCAGUAUGUCGGUCCAUGUGGAAAACGUGCAUUGUUAAUUGCUAAAAAUCGUGUUACAGCAUUAACAGACUUUGUUAGUUGCGAAAGUAGUAAAGAACUAAUACAAAAAUACAAUUCAACAAUUAAAAUUAUGCCAUUAGAAUUAAGAGCACUAAUAUCAGGAUUACCAUUUUGUGUAGUUUCUACAGAUGCUGUACAUACAUUUGUAAAUGACCUUUGUACAGAUGAUAAAUUAUGCAAGGUAUUGAUUCAAUUCCUUUCACCUAUUAAAAUAGUUAAUGUUUCAUUUAAAACAAAUCAAAUUGCUAAAAUGCGUUUCUUAUGUAAGAAAGGAGCAUUAUUUUUUGCUACAUUAAAACGAUCAUUUUUCCUUCAAGAAUUAUCAAUAACAAUAAAUCAAGAUGAAUAUAUUGUUAAUAUAAUUGGAAUGGAAAAUGAAGCUAAAAAAGUUUCAUCAUUGAUUGAAUAUAAUUUAAAUAGAUUAGAAACACAUGACUUUGAUUGUUCUAUUCCAUUAACUACUUUUGAUCAAAUACGUUCAUAUGACAAAAUUGCAGAAAUUAUUGCAAUUCCUCAACGAUUUCAAAAUGGAAUUGUUAAAAAAUUUACUCUAGUAGGACAGAAAGGAGAAGAAUUUAAUUUAUAUGCAAAAGAAUUAAUGAGAUGUCAACCUUCUAAUGACUGGAAAAAAGACUGUUUUUAUACUGUUUUAAGUAUUUCUGUUGCACGUUGUAUUAAAGCAUUUGAAGUAGAAGGACUUGAUCAAAUUACUUAUUCAUUUAAUAAAGCUAAAAUUAUUUAUCCUAGAAUUGAUCCAUUUUCUUGUUUUACUUAUUAUAACCCAACACUUCAUUUAAAACUAAGAACCAGUAUUGUCCCAACAAGUUAUUGUAAAGAAGAUACUCCACAAGUUCUUUUUAUUACAUCAACAUCAAGUGGAAUAGAAGAUGUAGAUGUAACAGAAUUAAUAGAAAGAAAUAUAUUAAACCCAUUUUCAAAUAUAACAUUUGAUUCAAAUACAUGGUUUAGAAUAUCACAAAAUCUUUAUCAACAUAUGUAUUUCAAUUAUAAAUUUAGUUAUGACCAAUUCCUUGAAUUAUUAAAAGGAAUAGAUCAUGCAAUUAUUUCACCUACUCUUAAUAUUACUAUUCAUGCUAUUAUUUUAAUAAAAUCUAGGGAAUUAAUUAAAAAUAUUGAAGUUUCUUUAUCAAAACAAUUAGUUGAGAUAGUUAUUAAACAUCCAGAAUAUAUUAUGCACUCUUCAAUGAAAAAUUGGAGUUUUAUACCUGUUACUCUAGCUGAUUAUCCUUAUUUACCAUAUUCUUCAAAGAGAGUUGAUGUAGCUACAAUGAUGCAUUCUCCAGCAAAAGUUUAUAGAACAUUACCAAAAGUAAAUUGUGGUGUAAUAUUAGAUAAAAAUUUCAAAGGAAUUACUACAGGAUCUUUCAUUCCAGAAACGGAAAGUAUCUUUAAAUUUGAUUUUUCUAGUUUAUUUGGUAGUUAUCCACCUGCUUUAAAAUUACAUGCUCAAAAUAUGUUAAGAUUAUACAUGGAACCUGACUUAGUUAGUGGUAAAGGAAAAUUAUGUAAAGAUAUUGAAUAUGAAUUAUAUCAAUUCUGCGAAAAGAUGAUGGCAUUAUUUAAUAGUAUUAUUUAUUCUAUUCCUCCUGAACUUACUAACGAAUUUGAUAUUGCUCGUCUUCAGAUGAAAGAACAAGGAACUUUAAGGCAUGUUUUUUGGGAUUGUUAUGAUACUCAACUAAUAGACCUUUUAGAAAAAGUUGGAUUUAGUGUUUUGAUUCACUUAAAUUCAAUUGAGGUUCAUUUCCCUGAUCGGAUGAGACAAAUUAAAGGUUAUUUAUUCACCCCUGAAAAAAGAAUUUCUGAUUCUCAAAAAUGGGUUGAAGCUGAUAUUCUUGUAGAUGAAACUGAUAUGUUUGCAAAUCCAUAUGUAUUCUUUGCUGUUAAGACUCCUCUUCAUAUAAUCAAGUAUACCAUUCAUUCUAGCAAUUGA